AUGAGUAACACUCGUCAUCACAUGCUAACUCUUGGCAUGGCUGCUCUUUGUUUGAGCAUCCUGAUGCUAUUGUCAGCUGUUUCAGCUCAAUGUCCUCACCAACAAGCUGGUUUGGUCAAUUUUGCAACACUCGCAGGAGCUAAUGUUGCCAAUUCAAACGUUGUUGUGAAACAACCUGUGAAAAUCAGUUCUUCUCCCACUGUGCGUCUUCGUUCCAUUACGGUUGCGUCAGGUGGUUCCUUAAUUUUUGAUAACGUGAAUUUGAGUUUAAAUGUUUCUUUCAUUCGAGUCGAGUCCAAUGCCAGUUUUGUGAUGGGAAGCGCAACAUGUCCACUUUCAAGCAAGAUUGUUGUUACAUUCUUUGGAGAUCGUGUCAAUUCUUCAGUAAAUGAUCUUGGUGCUGAUCCAUUUGAUGGUGGUAAAUUGGGAUCCAAAGGUAUUGCUUUCCUAUCUGGUUCCAGAGUUCAAAUAUAUGGACAAGUGAACGGUACGAGUUGGACCGAAAUUGUGAGUACUGCAAAGAAUGGAACGAAUACUUUACAAUUGAGAGAUUCUGUGAAAUGGAGAGUUGGUGAUUCCAUUGUCAUUGCUUCGACAGAUUUUGGUGAGCUUUACAACUAUCGAACAGUGACCAAUGCAUCAUUGAAUUGGGCACGUGGAGAACCUUUCCCAGAUCAAAACGAAGAACGUGUCGUUACUCAAAUUUUGAACGGUGGUAAAACCAUUGUUUUAGAUCGUCCUUUAAAUUACACUCACUUUGCGAGUGCUGAUGGAAAAGUAAGAGCUGAAGUUGGUUUGUUGACUCGUAGAAUUGUCUUUCAAGGAGAUGAGUCGAGCGAGAAGACACAAUUUGGUGGUCACAUGAUUAUUCGUUCUGUUCAAUAUUUUAAGGUUCAAGGUUUGGAAAUUACUCGUUUCGGCCAACAAGGUUUAAUGGGUCGUUAUUCUCUCCAUUUCCACUUACUUCAAAAUCAAGCUGCCAGUGCUCCAUUCGGUCGUGAUUUCUUUGUCAAAGAUUGCACUGUCCAUCACAGUUAUCAAAGAUGUUAUGCCGUUCACGACACCAAUUACAUUUUGCUUCAAAACAACGUUUGUUUUGAUGCUUUUGGUCAUACCUACUUUUUAGAAGACGGUUCUGAAAUUGGAAACGAAUUCAUCAAUAACUUGGGUAUUCGUGCCAAACCAGUCGCUCGUGAAAACACAGAUCGAGUAUUGAUUCCAUCCGAUGCUGAUGUCAGUAUCUUUUGGAUUACCAAUCCAAAUAAUACUUUUAUUGGAAACCAUGCAGUUGGAGGAAGAUUUGGUUUUUGGUUUACCAUGCCAACCUUCCCAACUGGUUUGAGUGCUAAUCGUUAUGCACCUGGAAGUAUUAAUCCAAGAACUGCUCCUCCCAAGCCGUUCGAUUACAAUGUGGCUCACAGUUCGAAUGGAAAUGGACUUCAUAUUGAUGAUAUGGAGAAACCAGAUGGAACUUCAGAACUAGCAGGUUAUUAUCCUCCAGCAGGAUAUGAGGCACUCUAUACUCAUUUCACAGCCUAUAAGAAUCGUGUUCAUGGUGUUUGGGCAAGAGGAGCUUUGACCUUCAGAAAUGUCUAUCUCUCUGAUAACAAGAAUGGUUUCAUCACUCCACCAGGUCCUAACAGUCUCUUUGAUUCUACCAUUAUUGGUUUUUCUGAUAAUGUUGGAUUGGCGUAUCGUUCCAAAGUCGAUCUCGGUGGAAGAAGUAGACAUUUCCAAUAUGCUCCAAGUAGCAAGGAUAUUGUCUCUGGUUAUAUGACCUAUGAUAAUGGUGGUCCAAAUUAUAUUAGAAAUGUUACUUUUAUCAACUUUAUUCCUGAUCAAUAUCACUACUCGGGUGCUCUUACUCAACUUCUUCAAUAUUUCAAACAUCAAACAAGAAACAGAUAUACUGAUCUUAAAUUUGUGAAUUCCAAUCGAUUCUACGUAUUCAACUCUUCUCCCUAUGAUAACCACAGAGCCACAGCAAUCAUGGAUAUGGAUGGCUCCAUUACAAGUGUCUCUCCAGGUGCUUGGAUUACUGGUAACGAUACAACCAUGUAUUUUGACAAGUGUACUCCAAAAUAUGAAUGGUCUGAAUACGUGUGUCCAUUCUUUGGUGAAAGUUAUGCUCAGUUCAGAGUCAUUAAUCCAAAUAUUACCAAUCUCAACACCACUGGUAGCAAUGGUGUGGAUCAUCCAGAGAUUAGGAAUGCCAAUCUCAAGGUCGAUCGAUUGAUUUUGUGGGAUUUGCUGCGUGAUCGAUUCACAAACAUUAAGGGAGCUCUUUCACAAACCAAUUAUUAUCAACAAGCAAAUGUCAUUUCUCGUGGAUUCUAUGCCAUUCGUUGGCCCUAUGAUAUUCCAACUCCAAAUAAUUUGACCUUCUUCUUGGACUCUUCUUAUUCUGGUGAUUGGAUUCUCGUUGCUAUUCAAUAUCCUAAUAAUACUCAAUUUGCUAUUACCAUGAACGUUAAUUCAGUGGUCACGAACAUGACAAGAACGUCGUCAUUGGCAAAUGUCAUCAAUGAUCCAAAGAAUUUGUAUUACUAUGACGCUUCUACUGAACAUCUCUAUCUCAAGGUUCAAAAUCAUAAUUCCAAGUCAUCCUUUAAGGAACUUUACAACUUUGUGGAUUAUUAUGGAGCUGGCGUCAUUUCCGUCGUUGCCAAAUGUCCAAAGAAUAAUUGUGCUCCUAAAAAGUUUGCAAAUCCACUCAACGCCCGAUCUACUUACAAGUCACAAAUGAGAGAAGACACCUUUGUUGGAAGACUCGAAACAUGUCAACAAGCAGCUGUGAAAAGUCUUGCUGCAGGUUCUAAAGCAGGUUCUGGAAAUGUCUAUGCCUUCUUGAAUUACAAUCAACGAACUUUGGAUUUCACAUUACAACACACUCUGAGUAGUAUUGCUACUUCCAUUGAAAUUGGAACUGGAGCCCUUGGAACUGUUGCAACCAUUUCACAACCAAUGGCAAGAAUUUCUGCAUACUCUCAAUCCAGAUUCAGUUUGAUGUUAUCGUACGAUGAAUGGAAUUCUCUCCUUAAAGGAGAAAUGUUUGUCAAGGUUUCUACUUCUGAGAAUCCAACUGGUCAUUUGAGAGCUCAACUCUAUUGUAACAAUGCCACUGCUUCCUUCAUCUGUCAAUUGCCACCUGCCAUUUCAGCUGUCAAACCAUGUGACAGCUUGUCAUUGAAGAACUCUUCUUCGUUGGUCAAUAUUUAUCAAGAUUUAACUUCUUUCAGUUCAGAAUGGAGUCCCUACACUUACCAAAAUCCAUCGGAUGACACUUUGACAGUUUUUAAUGGCAAUUACACUCCAGCAGCUUGUGGUACCUCCUCUGCAUACAUGAAAAUCAAGAAAGGAAGUGUGUCAUUCAACAAAAUUGGCAAAAAACUCUACAUUGACAGCACCUAUUUCAAAUAUUUUGAAUUCUUUGUCAAGUCCACCAACAACACUGGAACUCCAGAUUUGAGAAUUAAUUUCGGUUAUUACAACGCUACUUCCAAUAAGGUGAUUGAUUUUUCAAGAAUCACAGUUGGAGUCAAUUACACUCAACACUUUAAGAUUGAUUCCACAAGAUUUACCAGAGUUAGAAUUCCAAUUUCUGAUAUUCAAUUCCCAGAAAAGGUUCAAAAUAUUCAUCGUUUGAGCUUCUACUUGGGAGACACAUCCAAGGCAAGAGAAUUGAUUAUUGAUAACAUGAGAUUCUUGGGAGAAGUGAAUACGGAAGCCACAACCAGAUACAUCACGAGCAGUGAUAUUCAACGAUGGGGAACCAAACCAACUUGUGGAAGCACAGUGAAUCCUGAUCCAGAUCCUCUCGGAAUUAGAAAAUUGUAA